AUGGCGGAGGAGGAAGCCCGAGGCGUGUUCCGGCAGCUGCUCUCAGCGGUGCAGUACUGCCACCAGAGGAGCAUCGCCCACAGGGACCUCAAGCCCGAGAACAUUCUUGUAAACAGUCACAUGAUGUUAAAGAUCUUGCAGCUCCAACCCUAUGAGGGCCCGAAGGUGGAAGUCUGGAGCAUGGGCGUUGUGCUGUACAGGAUGCUGACGGGGGAACUGCCAUUUGAGGGGAAGAACUUUGAGGAACUUGGGAAGCAGAUCUUGACCGUGACCCUGCGCGGCCCUUCGCCCUGGGGCUUCCGCCUGGUGGGCGGCCGGGACUUCAGCGCGCCCCUCACCAUCUCUCGGGUCCAUGCUGGCAGCAAGGCUGCACUGGCUGCCCUGUGCCCUGGAGACCUGAUUCAGGCCAUCAAUGGUGAGAGCACAGAGCUCAUGACACACCUGGAGGCGCAGAACCGCAUCAAGGGCUGCCACGACCACCUCACCCUCUCCGUGAGCAGGCCUGAAGGCAGGAGCUGGUCCAGUGCCCCAGAAGAUAGCAAGGCUCAGGCACACAGGAUCCACAUCGAUCCCGAGAUCCAGGAUGGCAGUCCAAUGGCCAGCAGGCGGCCCUCAGUCACCGGGAUUGGUCCAGAAGAUGGCAGGCCAGGCCUGGGAUCUCCUUAUGGGGAGUCACCUCACCUCCAAGUCCCUCACAAUGGCAGCAGCAGUGAGGCUGCCUUACUGGCCCAGAUGAACACCCUACAUGUGUCUCCACCCCACAGCACUGACCCAGCCAGAGGCCUCCCGCGGAGCCGCGACUGCGGCGUCCACAUGGGCUCCGAGGUGUACCGGAUGCUGCGGGAGCCCAAUGAGCCCCUGUGCCCCGCGGAACCCAAGCAGUCAGGCUCCUUCCGCUACUUGCAGGGCAUGCUGGAGGCCGGCGAGGGCGGGGAGCGGCCCGGGCCUGGCAGCCCCCGGAAUCUGAAGCCCGCGGCCGGCAAACUGGGAGCCCCGCUGAGCGGCCUGCAGGGGCUGCCCGAGUGCACACGCUGCGGCCACGGCAUCGUGGGGACCAUCGUCAAGGCGCGGGACAAGCUGUACCACCCCGAGUGCUUCAUGUGCAGCGACUGCGGCCUGAACCUCAAGCAGCGCGGUUACUUCUUCCUGGAUGAGCGGCUGUACUGCGAGAACCACGCCAAGGCGCGCGUGAAGCCCCCCGAGGGCUAUGACGUCGUGGCAGUGUACCCCAAUGCCAAGGUGGAACUCGUCUGAGCUGCUGCUCCUGGAACACCCCCCCCUCCCCCGCCUCUGCUUCUUUUAAUGUCCCAUCGGCCCGUGUAAAUAUGUUUGUCCCUGCCUCUCUAAUAAACUCCCACUGCUAGGACUCGACAA